AUGCUUCGAGUCGCCGGCCGCACGGCGUCCGCCGGCGCUGCGCUUGCCACCACGCUCGCCGGAGUCAACGCCAUCGGCGAGGUGUCGUAUCGCGAAGACCCGCAAGGCUUGGGCGAGGCUGCACGUCUCCUCCGCCUCUCGAGCACCGCGCCGCCGCGCCUCUCGGCGAGUCAGCAGGCGGACCUCGCAGCGAACGGCUAUGUGGUGGUGGCUCGCUUCCUCACGGCCGCCCACCUGCGGGCGGCUCGCGCCGAGGUCGCCGCGAUGCGCAAGGCCGGCGCAUUCGCGCCUGCCGUCGGCGGGGAGGUGGUCCGGACCGACUCGGUACACUGGCUCGGUAUCAGAGCCGCGCAGCCCGCCCUGGUGGCAGCGCUCGCCGAGCUGCGCGCGCUGCCAGCGACGAUGCGGAGCUUCGGUGGCUUUGAGGCGGCACGCGUCGAGGGCGCAGAGGCGGCCAGGCCACUCUUAGGCGUGCCGCGCGAGGGCCAGCUGGCGUGCUACGAGCCCGCUGCCAGCCGGGAGGGCCAGUGCAGCGGCGCUCGCUACCGCCCGCAUCGGGACGGCUUCGCGAGCCUGCACCCUCGCGCUCUUCUCCUCCCGGGCAUCUACAUGCGAGAGGUGACCGCAGUCCUCUACCUCUCGCCGAACGAGGAUGAGUGGGCGGGCGCGAGUGGCGGCGGGGAGGUUGUUGCCACGGGAGGGGCAGCCGCGGGGCGGCCGGGAAGCCUGGUGCUCUACCUCGACGCGGCAGCAGAGGACGAGCGGGGCGCGACCGCGAGCCGCGUCGCAGAGGUGCGGCCGGUGGCGGGGACGCUCGUCCUGUUUGACUCGCGCCGAAUGCUCCACGAGGUGCUGCCUCACGGAGAGUGCUCGGCCGAGCGGGUCGCACUCACCGUAUGGUUCGGGGGCGCUCAUCGGGGCGCAAGCUUGCGCGAUGUGUUGCGUGCCAUGCUACCGGCGCGGUGCUUGGGUGUAUUGUAG